UUUAUACUGGAGCUGAACCCUUUGAUAAUUAUAUUAAUUGUUUGUAUGACAUAAAUAACAAUAAAGAAAAUAAGUUGCAGAAAAAUUUAAAUUUUAACUUCUUGGCUAUUCAACCCAAUAUAAAAUGGGGCCCACAGAAAAAAAUGAUUACUAAUCCGUACCUUCAAUUAGACGAAUUAGUUUCUCUUAUUGAAACAUUACCAAAUUAUAGAGUUUUUAAAAAGCUAGUUGUACCCAUAAAAGAUUACAAAAACGAUUCUAUAUUUGGUAGAGGAAAAGUGGAGGAACUCACAGAAAUAAUUAAACAUGAUACCAAUAUUGAUGGAGUGGUCAUAGGCCUAAGUUCAAUAGAUGUUGCUCAAUAUAUUACAUUACAAAAGAUAUGGAGGAAACCAUUAUAUGAUAAAUAUAGAAUUAUAUUGCAAAUUUUCAAACAUUAUGCUAAAACUAAUGAAUCUCGCCUACAAAUAGCCUUAGCUGAAAUACCUUAUUUAAAAAUGAAAUUAAGAAUGAACCAACAGAUAGUUAAAAUGAAGGAAAUAGAUCCAACAUUGGAUAUAUCAUCCAUUUUUCAUGAAAACAUUUAUUUUAAUAAUGAUAAUCGUACAUCAUUCCAUGAAAAAUUAGAAAUUUUAAACCAACGGGAAGAUAAAUUAAAAAAAAGUCUUGAAAAAAUUAAGCAAGGUAGGGAAAAUCGUAAAAUGUCAAACUCAUCAUCUCUUCAAAAUCCUUAUCCUAUAAUAGCAGUCAUUGGAUACACAAAUUCAGGCAAAACAUCUUUGAUUAAAGCACUAGCUGUCAAUCAAACAAAAUUAAGCCCGGAAAAUAGACUGUUCGCUACUCUUGACGUCAGCUUACAUCAAGGGAUUUUACCCUACAGUGAAAAGGUUCUAUAUUUGGACACUAUUGGUUUUAUUUCAGACAUUCCGGUAUCACUGAUUAGUGCGUUUCAAGUUACGCUUAGUGAUAUUAAUCGCGCAGAUAUCUUAUUACAUGUCAGAGAUGCUAGUCAUCCAGAUACAAAUUUUCAAAACCUUACGGUUAUGGAGACGCUGAAAUCUUUGGGAAUAAAACAAGAAUUGAUUGAUAACAUGAUAGAGGUCCACAAUAAAAUUGACCUCUUGCCUAAACUCACCGUACAUACAAAAAUCGAGAAUCCGAAACUGAAAAUAUUUCCUACAUCAAUAACCAAAUCUGUAGGCUUGUCUGAGUUGUUAACAGGAAUCCAUAUGCUCCUACUGAAAAGGCAAAAUAAAUCAACCAUCCAUUUAAAAAUUCCUAUUCAGCUUUACUCAAAAAUUUAUAGCUAUCUUCUCAAAAUGAAUGCCUCGAUCGUUAAGACUGAACCGACGGACGACUCGCAAAAUUAUAUGCUUGAAAUCGUGAUCGAUCAGAAAACGUUGUCCAUAUUCAAAAUUAAUUUUGACCCACGAUAUAUUGUAGUGUAAUAUGAAUGAUUAAAUAAAAUGAAUAACAAAAUAUUAAACUUUUCAAAGAUUUUUGGUGCAAUAAAAAUAAUACAU